AUGAGGGUGUUGGCAUAUGGCACCUCAGCCGAUUUGCAUGACGAAUACUUACGAAUGAGUGCCCAAGUCAUUCGUAAAUCAGUCAUCAAAUUUGUUGAAGGUGUCAUUUCUAAUUUCGGAGCUGAGUACCUCAGAAAGCCAACUGAAGAAGAUAUGGCAGCUCUUCUUCAUAUCGGAGAACGGCGAGGGUUCCCAGGCAUGAUGGGCAGUAUUGACUGUAUGCAUUGGGAAUGGAAAAAUUGCCCUACUGCAUGGGCAGGGCAAUAUGCAGGACGAAGCGGUACGCCAACAAUUAUUCUGGAAGCAGUUGCAUCACAAGACCUAUGGAUCUGGCAUGCAUUUUUUGGAACCCCAGGUUCAAGAAAUGAUAUCAAUUUUUGGCUAUGCGAUUUGAUAGAGGGGCGAAGGGUGACGGUCGGCGUCGGCGUCGACGUCGCCGGCGUCGGCGUCGACGUCGUCGUGGGCCAGAAAAUGGUUCAAACACAGUGA